GCGUGGGUACGGACAUCAUGAGGUACGUUGGCGUUUCCAUUCGCCUAAAAUUGACAUUGCUGCCUUUGAAUGGUGGUCCUACUUGUCAGUUUAUUUAACAUAAUGUUAUCUAUAGACACAGCCUUGAUAGAAUUACGAAAAUGGAAUUGGGAAAUAAAACUUCCAAUGUGCCGCCCGCCUUAUAUUUGGGGAGGCGAUGUGAUGAACAGAUAUUGGAAAGGUUCUGCUCAUGGCGGAAGCUGUCAUCCCUUGGUAUUAUAUACCUUGGGUUUUGGAAUGAAAUUCUCUUAUUAUACUUCACUGACACAGGCUGUUUUUUUAUCUCUAUUUCCCAUCAAACUCCCCCUGACCUUGCUUGCUACCCCUUCCCCAUCCAUAUUUACAUUGAUCCACAAUCUCUUUAAUGAAACCUUAUUUUUCUAUCUCCGUCUCGUUUCUGUCUUUUCCUCCUCCUCUGUCCUUUCUCACUCUGGCAGCAACAACAGUUGCUCAGGCCCUCUCUUCUGAGACCAGAGGUACAGAACACACUCUCUUUCUUCCUUUGCUCUGUGAAGUAGUGAAAUGUUCUCCUGUAAUAGAGCACAGAGGCCUGUUUGAUGGCCUUCUCAUGUUUUCCUUCAACUUCAUUGUCUUUGAGUAAUGACUCUGUUUUACCCACAACAGGAGCUCUCCAUGGAGUCUGGCAUCGACCCGGGCCAGGACUAUUACACCCAGGAUUAUUAUAAUUAUGACCACAGGUAAGAGAGAGAGAGUGUGUGUGUGUGUGUGUGUGUGGGUGGUGUGUGUGUGUGCACGGUGUGUCUGUGCAUAGUGUGUGCACCGUGUGUCUGUGUACGGUGUGUCAGUGCACAGUGUGUGUUGUGUGUAUUUAUGUGUGUGUUUGUGUUACUGAGGCCUUACUGAUCCUGUGUGUACACAAGUGCUGACAGCUUACCUCACACCAGGGAAGCUCAGUCAGUCUGCAGAGUCCAGAGACUCCUUUAGAGUUAAAUACCAAACAGCUCUCGGCACGACAGGCCUCCAGACUGCCUCCCCUCCCACUGAAACAUCAGAAUUAGUUUUCGAACAGCCUUGAAGUGAAGCAUACAGGUCGGAAUACAUAAUGAUAGCUUCAGAUGAAAUAGUUAAUAUUAUAGUUUGUUGUCACCUGCGAUGAAUUCCAUAAUUAGUGAGUCUAAUCACUCACUUAACCUGUUACAAUGAGCAUCGUCCAUAUGGUAUCUUAUAACAGAGCAAAAAGGAGCAUAGAUUUAGAUUGAAUAUUGUGCAUGGAAUUAGGCUCUUAAGACUUUCUCCCUCCAGCACCCAAGUUAGAGGAUGAAAGAUACGGAUCUCCAGACGCUGUAGCAGCAGAUACAGUACAUUUACCUUUCACUACCUCUGAGUCGCUUUCGUCUCUCUCGCCUCUCUCUCUACGCAGCUUUUCAACUUUUAAUUAGAACGUUCAGGCUCUCAUUUCAGCCAUACCGGGUGUUAUUUUUCUCUCUGCUAUGUAGCCUAUCUCUCAAAAUGCUAAUGUUUCCCUUCACACCGACCGCCAUGAAUAAAAUUAGAGUUCGGCUCACGUGGGGUUGAGAUGUGGGGUAAUAGUCUUCUGGCUGGACGCUUGAGCUAUUUAGCCAUUACUGACACCGUGUACUGUAGGUUAAAGGUCACCACAAGUAACCAAGUCAAAGUGCUUCCCUGUGUCCAUCCAGUGAUGUCACAGUGAGCCCUGUUAAGCUGACGGUCUGUUUCUAUUUUAACAGACGGUUUCUCCCUGGGAGCACUAAAAGCCUUUAAUCUGGGUGCAUAGUGACCUUACCUCUAUGCUCUGUAGUGAGUGGGCCCUGGAUCUUAUUGUACGCCUUGUCUGCCCCCCUCUGGCACCAAAGACAAGCUGAACAAAGACACAGAAAGAAAGAAACAGCCUGCCUUGGGGUAAUGACUGUAAAUUCCCAUAAGGACGCCUUAACCUAAAUAAAGAAUCGCUGAUAAUAAAGAAUAGAUAGAGGAUGAGCGUAGGAGAGGAGAGAUAGAGGGAGUAGCGAGACAGAAGAGUUAGAUCGAGGAUAGUAUAGAGUUCUCUCGAUUCGAUCGCUACUCUCUCUCUCUAUCUCUCUUCUUCUCUCAUCUCUCUCUCUCUCUCUCUCUCUCUCCUCUCUCUCUCUCUCUUCUCUCAUCCACAGUUAGGAGGCACUGGGGACCCAGGCCUAUUCACAUAUUCUGUUUUAUACUCGCUUCUGAAAAACAAAUGACAGAAUUUUACUGAGAAAUGUGUAUUGAUAGAGGUUGAAUAGAUGCUGUGAUGGCUGCUAGUGUGUGUGCGAGUGUGUGUUGUCUGUGUGUGUCAGUACAGUAUGUAGCUAACCUGUUCCGUCUCCCCUCCAGGUAUGAACUGCCUCAGUAUGGCAGUCGCAGGAAGUUGAUAUCUCCCACAGGCCUGUAUGAUGAGUAUGGAGAGGUGAUCGUGGACGACGAUGGGAGCUAUUACUACAGUCCGCAGGAGUCAGAGGGAGAGGUAGCUGAUUUUAUCUACAAUUGCUACAUUGUUCAAUAGCUACAUGUAUGAUAGAAAAUGAUGCAACUUUGAAUUCAAUGAAAAUUACACUAAAUAAAUGUCCCUGGAGGAAACACUGCCUAUUGAAUGGGUCAGUAAUGGUUAACAGUGGCUUUAAUGGUAGCUUGGGCGGAUGUGACUGUAACAGGUGGCCAUGCGUGGUGGGAGGAGGCCCCCUAUGCAAGGUAAAGGACCCCUUCACGGCCCCCCCAUUGGCCCCCCCAGACAGGCCUUUGGAGACCAGCAGGACCAGCCACCACCAGAAGAGGGCACUGCUGCUGCAGCAGACUCCAAGCCCCACCACUCCUCCACAGCCAUUCAGAAACUAAAGGCAGUCAUGAAACUCAGCAAGUUCCUUGUCUCGGUUAGCAAGGAACCUGGUGAACCCCCCUCACUCCACACCCCAUGGAACAAAGCCAGGAUAUUCCCCAUGAAGUUCUCCUCCAAGGAUCGGAGGGACGGAGGAGAUGGUGGGGACUUCCUGACACUAACUAAGGCCCACCGCUCCGGCAGCAUGGUGAGCAUGGACAGUGGCAUGGUCAUAGAUGGCAGCUACUUCCAGGCUUCGGACGAUGCCAAGCCCUCUGUGAAACAGCAGUUGGGGAAGGCGCUGAGCCGGAUAAACAUCUCCAGCAGGCUUCAAGAGCGGAGGAUAUUCCCUAGUGAAAUCCUCACUGUGAGCUCUGUAGCUGAGCAGAGGAUGUCUGGGUCUGGGUCCCAAGGCUCCAGUAACUCAAAGAAGGAGGAGAGGAGGAGGUGGCAGGCCUCCCUGGCUUGGGACAGUAGUGAGCAAGAGGAGGGUAGCAGCUCUGAGGCAGAAAGCAUUAGUAAAGAUGCCCUAGGGGAGGCCUACUCCGACAGGAGGAGUAAGAGCAGUGCUGCUUCAUCCUCCACACUGGGUAUCACGGGCUACUCUGGAAGAGACUUAGUUGGAGAGGACCAUGAUAGGGCUGUAGAUUCAGACGAGGAGCAGGGGGAGAGCCAGGGAGAUUCUGAGGAGGAGAGGAGGUCAGAGCGAGACUCAGAGGGGGACUUAGACACAGAGAAGGAGUCCCAGACAGAGAGAGACUCAGACACAGAGAGAGAGGCUGGGGAUUCUGAGGAGAAAGAUACAGAUAAAGGAUCAGGAUCAGAGACUGAGGACAACAAGAGGAGUGUGACAUCUGCAGAAACUGAGGACACAGCGCCAGGGACUGAGAAGUCCUCACGCAGGCCACCAUCCAAUAGGAGAUCCUCUGUGGUCACCAGCCAGAGCAGUGACAGAGACAGUGGUAGUGGCACAGACAGGUCACAGAGCCGCAGUAGCACAGCCCGUAGGAGAGCAUCCUCUGACAGCAGUGGAAGUGUCUCUGACCCAAGCUCCAGGAGCUCUAGAUCUACCAGGACAAGAAGAGCUAGAUCCAGGUCCUCCUCCCACACUCUAGAGUCCGAGGACACCAUCGACGAGGAGAGCGAGGAAGAGGAGGAGUCCUCGGGGGAGGAGGAAGUGGAGGCUGAGAGCAGAGAGUCACCAGAGGAGCAUAGUGAAGGGUCAUCGUCCAGGAGGUCCAGUGGGAGUCGGACAACGGCCUCAACAGGAAAGCGACGAGGAUCGACCGCCACUUCCUACUCUACAGAGGUCAGCGGUAGCAUGAUUGACACCUCAGAUGACCUUUCCCCUAUCACUGAGGAUGGUGAGGAGGAAGCCACGAUGAAGAGACCGUCCAGCGGUAUUUAUGGAAACAGCUUGAAGCCGAGCAAAGAGGAAGAGGAGGAGGAGGAGGAGGAGGAGGAAGAAAGGGAAUCAGAAGAUGACAACCCAGCCGAUUCAGAUGCAGAUGAAGCCGUAACAUCUUAAAUUGAAUUCCGAUCCCAUUAAGUAAGAUCUCUGAAUGCCUUGGAUUGCGUGUGCAAUUAUCUGAGUGGAAUGUAUUAUUCUAAUAUAAGCCAUUUUAGCAAGCUUUUAAAUUACAGAGAGUCUAAAAUGCAUGCCCUGUCUUGCUCUGUUCUCUUUUUAGUCCUAUCUCCACAGCUGCCGCUGCUGCUGCUUUUUCUACAUUGCUUUCAUGAAUAGUGAAAGCAUUGUCCUUUGGUGUGAUCAUCUUAUUCUUCCUUCUAAAGCUUUUACGGUUCUGUAGUAAAUGGUUGAUGAUUGCUUCUCAUCUGUCUGUGUCAAGAAGCAUAACAGAUUGCGGUUAAUUCACAUCAGAAGACAUAAUCAUUUCCUUCAACAGCUCCUUCUCCGGCAUGACAGUGUGACAUUGCGUUUGCUGCUGACAUCUCUUUGCCUGUCAAAUGGAUGUGCAGUGCACUGAGUGUGAACCCAUCUCUAAUGAUGUCGUGACAUUAGGCUUCAUGUCUCUCAUAUAUCUGUCUUCUGUUUAUUUGUUUGUUUGUGUUGUUCAGUACGGGAGGAAGAAGCGGAUUAAGCUGGUGGUGGACAGGGAGUAUGAGACCAGUUCGACGGGGGAGGACAGCGCUCCGGAGCCCCAAAGAAACCGUCUGUCUAACCUGACCAACCACAGCAACAUCAAUGGCAGCGUGUACCUGGCGCAGAAUGGCUCAGUCAUACGCACCCGCCGGGCUGCCCACUCAAACAACAUCAAGGUCAACUCCCCAGUGCGGCUGGGCAAGCACUUUAAGAAACUGGACAAACUGGCUGUGACUCAAGAGGAGAGACUGCCCCUCAACAGCCCCGUGGCGACCACGUCCUCAGUUGACAAGACCCUCAACACCCAGCCCUCCAGCGGCUCCCUGGCCUCCAGCACCACGGGCCCAGAGAGCAUAGCAUCCAAGUCCAACAUCGCCAAGGCCAGUAGCGAGAGAACGCGGAACGCUGAGGAGCAGGAGUCACCAGUGGAUAAUGAGGACGUGAGAGAACCUUUAGAAUCUCAGAGCGAUCGCACACAGUCCGAUGAGGAGGAACUAUGGAUGGGGCCUUGGAACAAUCUGCACAUACCAAUGACAAAACUG